AUGAUACGAUCGUGCCGAUUAAUUUCAAGGAGAAUGAGUACAUUGAAUUAUGCCAACGUAAAUAAGCUGCGAGAGUUUUUCUCGUAUGGCGUAGAGGCUGUUAAACCGAAAUCAUUGUUUGAAGGAUAUUACAAAACAGCGAGUAAAAUCCACGAAAGCGUCAACCACGAUCAUAAACGUUAUCAUGUAAUCGGAUUCGGAAAAGCCGUCCUAGGUAUGGCCGUCCAAAUGGAAAAACUUCUCGGUCAUCGUCUAUGUAGCGGAUGUAUAAGCAUACCAGUGGGUACGAGCGAAAGAUUUGCUGGAGAUGUAGACUUUAGCUUAUCACCAAACACUGUGAUGGAGGUAAUUGAGUGCGCUCGAGAUAACCUUCCCGAUGAACGAUCGUUGGUGGCUGCCAGCAAGAUAAGGCAAAUCGCACAUAGUAUGACGUCAGAGGACAUUCUAUGUGUUUUGGUGUCCGGUGGAGGUUCCGCGUUACUUUGUCUACCCAAAGCACCCAUUACACUGCCGGAAAAGCUACAAAUAAUUAAAUCAUUGUCCACAGCCGGUGCAUCCAUCGAUGAGCUUAACUACGUGCGAAUAGCCCUAUCGGAUGUGAAAGGAGGACAAUUGGCUCUGCAAGCCAAAAGCGCUUUUCGGGUUUAUUCGUACGUAAUAUCUGACAUUGUAGGUGACCCGAUGGAACUGAUUGCUAGUGGCCCUACCGUUGUUCCGAAGGGGGUCGAUGUGAAUCGGAAAGCGAAAGACAUUUUAAUGAAAUAUAGGCUGUGGGAAAAGCUGCCUCCUGUGGCUAUGCAAAUAAUAGACCAGCCGAGAGAUAACGGAUACAAAACCAACACAGAUAAUAAUGAACUGUUUUUACUGGGCAGCAAUGCAGUGGCCGUAAACUGCAUCGCGCAAAGAGCCCAAUCUGAAGGAUUAAAAUGUAUCGUUUUAUCGAAACAGCUCGAAGGGAACGUAGCCGAAUUGAGCGCUAUUUACGUAGAGUUGGCCGGAAUGUUGUACAAUUUUAAAAAGGGCAAAUUGUCCGAGCGUUUAAUGGCCGAUAAAUUCGGAACGCUUUUACUUAAGCUAAAAUGCACCGAUGUAGAAAAGGUUGAACUAGUAGGAAAAGUUGUUGAUUGGAAAGAGGAGCCACUACUGAUCGUUGGUGCCGGUGAGCCAACCGUUUGCGUUUCCGGCAGUGGAAAAGGGGGCCGAAAUCAAGAACUUGCGCUUCGUAUUUCAUAUGGUUUGCAUGAACUUGAAAAUGUGGCAGAUUCUGUAUAUUUUCUAUCUGCCGGCACGGACGGAAUCGAUGGUCCAACGGAUGCUGCCGGGGCAAUCGGUGGCGCUUUUGUUGCCAACGAGUAUCAUGAAAUCUUCCAUAAGGACGGCAAAUCGUUCAUUGAAAAUAAUGAUUCCUACAGGUUUUAUGAAGCGCUUAAUAGUGGGCACUAUUUUGUAAAAACUGGCCAUACUGGCACGAAUGUGAUGGAUUUACAUAUGCUGUUAAUAGAUUCAUAG